CGCCCGCAAAGACUCAACAUUGCCCGCCCUUAAUAAAAUGGCGUCAGAACAGCAUCUUAUUAAGAUGAUUUGUUUAUUUAUUUAUUCUAUAGAAUUCAUCUCAGGUGGCUAUUCUUCAAGCUCGACAAAGUGUACUCGCGGAAAAUGCUCUUUUUACUUCUUCCCUUGAGAAAGGAGCUGAUCCUACCAACAUUGCUAACCAGGCUUUUAAUAAUCCUACCAGGUGCUGCUGGGGCUCUCAAUGCUUUAGCCAGGUUCCCGUUGAAUAAUGGAGGAGAGAUUGUAGAAGAAGAGCCAUUAUACAUGUAUGUCAACACUAAGCAAUUUUACCGGAUCCUAAAGAGAAGACAAGCAAGAGCAAAACUAGAGGCCGAGGGUCAAAUACCAAAAUCAAGACAAGUGAGGAGGGAUGGACUGACUGAAAUUGGUUCCAAUUUUUCCAUUAAAUAUCUACACGAAUCAAGACACCUUCAUGCUCUUAAUAGGAAGAGGGGGGACAGCAUGGCCAGUUUUAGAAAGGAAACAUGCACAAUCCUGUAUCAGGAGGUGGGCCUAAGCAAGGCAGUGAUGACCUAGAGGAGGCAUUAUGAGGUCUAAUGGACAAUGGUCUGCUUGAGCUUCCAUUCUUUACUUUAUAAACACAUUCAUAUAUUAUAUCAAUAGCAGUUAGUGUAAUAGGGAACAUGUUUUAUAAAAUUUGUAAUGUAUUUUAUUCAUUUACUCGUAAAAAUCAUUUUUAUUUAAUUGACUCAGUGUUACAAAAAUUGAUUAUAGGCUAGUAAA